CAUAGAAAAAAAAAAUCUUCAUUGUUGGUGUUACAAAAGAUGGGAAGAUAACAUUCCACAUGACUAUCUUCCUAUACCAUCUUCCUGUUAUGACGUGGGGCUGCAUUUCUGUGGGCGGCCGAGUGUCGCUCAGGCUUGUGGGCAGUCGCGGCGCAGGCAGCUAAGGCCAGGGGACUUCUGUGUGGGGGAGCCCAUUUUCUCAAGCGGAGGAAGAGGUGACACCAGCUUUGAUGACUGUAGAGAGCAGGGGUCGCCAGGUGCCCACCGUGUCGGGAAGGAAGCAAGUCAUGGCGACUUGGAGCUCCUCUUGGUGCUGACAUGAUGACAGUGUGCAGGCCGGCCAAGGGCAGCCACAGCCAGACUGAAAACCUGAGCUACAAAUUGGCUGACAAGGUCAAGGUGGAAGGUCCAAAGGCUGGGGAAGACCCUCGAAGGCUGCUGUUUAGGUCCCCCAUUCCUUUCCCAGAGACUGAUAAGGAUUCACCCCCCGGAAGAAGCUCAUUGGAAAGUCUCAAUAACCUGAUGCUAGAGUCAAGAGUGGACUGUUUUCAGCAGAACAUGUUCAGCUCAGAUAUGAUCAUCAGUGACCCAGCUUCAGAUCUCAGUGCUAAAGAAGCCAGCAAGGUGGGCAAGAGGCCCCUCAGCGGUGUUCAGAACCCCUGCCCCCCUGCCCGAGGUGGGGCCCUGCACAAGUCCCUCAGCAUAAAGGACAAGAUAUCCGAAUGGGAAGGGAAAAGGGAAUUGCCCACUCCUGCACCCAGCAGGAAAGCAGAUGGGCAGGAGGACUACCUGAUGUCCUGUGUGAUGGGGAGGAGAAGCAGUGAUGGUGUGAGAGCCUGGAGCACGGAGGUUCAGGAUGGAGCCAGGCCCGAGACAGAGAGCAAGGAGAAUGAGAGGAAUAAAGGGGUUGUGAAAGUCGGGGGACAGGAUGCAGAGCCAAGGCAAGACCUCAGCCAGCCAGCCGGGCAGCUGGCUCCCAGCUUGGGCAGAGGCCGAGAGCCCAGGCUGGGCAAACAGCGCUUUCCCAACGAUAGCCUCUCGGUGCUGAGGCAGGUCAAGAAACUGGAGAAGGCUCUGAAGGAUGGGUCGGCAGGGUUGGAUCCCCAGUUACCUGGGACUUGUUACUCCCCACACUGCCUGCCGGACAAGGCUGAGGAGGGGCCCACCCUAACAGAGAAUCGUGGGGGCGUGCGUGGCUCGGAAUUCAGGUCCCACCAGUGGGACAUGGAGGCCAAGGAGGCCGCCCCUGAGGCCACAGAGGAAAGGAAAGGCUCCUGCAGGAGGCCCUGUGACCAGAGCCUGGAGGGUGUGGACAGGGGCUCGGAGGGCUCCCCGGCAAAACCCUUCAUCAACCCCCUGCCCAAGCCCCGGAGAACGUUCAAACACGAUGGAGAAGGGGACAAGGACGGGAACCCAGGCAUCAGCUUCCGGAAGGAUAAAAGGCACCUGCCUCCUCUGCCUUCUCUACCUCCCCCACCCCUGCCCUCCUCUCCCCCUCCCUCCUCCGUGAACAGAAGACUGUGGACCGGGAGGCCGAAACCCAGUGCUGACCACAGAAAGUCCUAUGAGUUUGAAGACUUACUGCAGUCUUCCUCUGAGAACAGCAGGGUGGACUGGUAUGCACAGACUAAGUUGGGGCUCACACGCACUUUAUCAGAGGAGAACGUCUACGAAGACAUUCUAGAUCCGCCAAUGAAGGAAAACCCUUACGAGGACGUUGAGUUACACGGUCGCUGCCUGGGGAAGAAAUGUGUCUUGACCUUUCCUGGUUCUCCCACUUCUUCCAUUCCCGACACACCCUCCAAGCAGUCAUUGGCCAAACCUGCUUUUUUCCGGCAAAAUUCAGAGAGGAGGAACUUCAAACUGCUGGAUACCAGGAAGCUGAGUCGGGAUGGAUAUGGGUCCCCUUCCAAAAUCAGCCCCCCCUCCACCCCCAGCAGCCCUGAUGACACUUUCUUUAAUCUUGGAGACCCGCAGAAUGGCAGGAAGAAGAGAAAGAUACCCAAGCUGGUGUUGCGGAUCAAUGCCAUUUAUGAGGCCCGGAGAGGAAAGAAACGUGUGAAGAGGCUGUCCCAGUCCACGGAGAGCAACUCGGGAAAAGUGACGGAUGAGAACAGUGAGUCUGACAGUGACACGGAGGAGAAGCUGAAAGCUCACAGCCAGCGCCUGGUCAAUGUGAAAUCACGCCUGAAGCACGCUCCUAGAUACCCAUCCCUUGACCGGGAGCUCAUGGAGUACCAGCAGAGGCAGCUGUUCGAGUACUUCGUGGUCGUGUCCCUGCACAAGAAGCAGGCCGGGGCUGCGUAUGUGCCAGAACUCACCCAGCAGUUCCCUCUCAAGUUGGAAAGGUCUUUCAAGUUCAUGAGAGAGGCUGAGGACCAGCUGAAGGCUAUCCCUCAAUUCUGUUUCCCUGAUGCCAAGGAUUGGACUCCUGUCCAGCAAUUUACCAGUGAAACCUUCUCAUUUGUCUUAACUGGAGAAGAUGGGAGCAGACGGUUCGGUUACUGCCGAAGACUGCUGCCUGGUGGCAAAGGGAAGCGUCUCCCUGAAGUUUACUGCAUCGUGAGCCGCCUGGGAUGCUUCAGCCUCUUUUCAAAGCAGGCAACGCCUAUACCCACGAGCAGUCACUUCCCAACCCUAGUAAUUGCCAAUCUGCUUUCGCUCUCUAUGGAUUUGUCUAUUCUGAACAUUUUAUCCAAGUGGAAUCAUACAAUCUUGGAUGAGGUGGAAAAACGGCGAGGCAUCUCUCCUGCCCUGGUACAGCCCCUCAUGAGGAGUGUCAUGGAAGCCCCUUUCCCAGCACUGGGCAAAACCAUUGUUGUCAAGAACUUCUUGCCAGGAUCGGGAACUGAGGUGAUUGAACUGUGCCGCCCACUGGACUCCCGGCUGGAACACGUAGACUUCGAGUCUCUCUUCUCCUCUCUCAGCGUCCGCCACCUGCUCUGUGUUUUUGCCUCCCUGCUUCUGGAAAGGAGGGUCAUCUUCAUCGCAGACAAGCUCAGCACGCUGUCCAAAUGCUGCCAUGCCAUGGUGGCCGUCAUCUACCCCUUCACCUGGCAGCACACCUACAUCCCCGUGCUGCCGCCCGCCAUGAUCGACAUCGUGUGCUCACCAACCCCCUUCCUCAUCGGGCUGCUCACCAGCUCGCUGCCGCUGCUCAGGGAGCUGCCACUGGAAGAGGUCCUUGUGGUCGACCUCGUCAACAAUCGGUUCCUCAGACAGAUGGAUGACGAGGAUUCCAUCCUGCCCAGGAAGCUUCAGGUGGCCCUGGAACACAUUCUGGAGCAGAGGAAUGACCUGGCUAGUGACCAGGAUGAAGGGCCCCCGGACUGCAAGCACGGCCCUGAGUCCAGCCCCUUGAAUGAGGUGGUGUCUGAAGCCUUUGUCCGCUUCUUCGUGGAGAUCGUGGGCCACUACUCCUUGUUCCUGACAGCGGGCGAACGCGAGGAGAGGACCCUGCAGCGAGAGGCCUUCCGCAAAGCCGUCUCCUCCAAGAGCCUCCGCCGCUUCCUGGAGGUUUUCAUGGAGACCCAGACUUUUCGGGGCUUCAUCCAGGAGCGGGAGCUGCGCCGGCAGGAUGCCAAAGGUCUGUUUGAGGUCCGAGCCCAAGAGUACCUGGAAACACUCCCCAGUGGAGAACACAGUGGUGUCAAUAAGUUCCUGAAGGGACUCGGCAAUAAAAUGAAGUUUCUCCACAAGAAAUAAUCUUCAGCUCAGCCUCCAGGGAAAUCUUCUCCUAGGUGCAACCACAUUUUUAAAAAACAAUCCUGGUGGCCUUCCUGAAACGCUGGGUCCUGGUUGUCGCAGGUGCAGGAUAAAGGCCAGGAUGGUUUCCGGCUGCCACAGGGCCUCCCCAGGGCCCAGCAGGUGCUGCUUCUUUGGAACAGCCCUGGAAAGGGGACCUGAGACCAGGCACAGCAGCAACAUUCAAAUGGACCAUUUGGGUUGUUGGGUUUGGGAUUUUUUAUAUUUUUACUCUUAGGUAUUAAAAGAAAGAAAAGUGUUUGGGUUUUCUUUUUAUUAUGCCAGGGCUAAGAAAACUCUCUCCUGCCCUCUGCCAUAGUGCCCUGGUUCAUCCUGCCUGGCAGCGGGCUCUGAAGGAAAGAGGAGGGCAGGAGCUGUGACCAGGGACGGGGAAACAAGACGCCGCUCUGGCCAGAGCUGGGGACAGACUCAGGUGUUAGGGGAGGAGGGCUGUGGUGGUCCUACAGCACCCAUGCUCACAGGUGUCCGGUGAGUCCGUUUGGGGAAAGGAUUGGCCUGUGUGUGGAAUGGGGCUGUAUUGGGCCUGAAGGAAGAUCAGGAACACCCGAGGCAUUUGGCUUCCUGGGCUGAGCUGCACUUCCAGGCCGGCCAGUGACGCCACCUGGUGGCCGAGGCCACUUGUCGUGUUACCCACUCCUCUCCACCCGAAUGGAUCUGACACUUCCGGAUGGCCUUUUUUUUCUCUUCGAAGCCAUAGAACCAUCCACUGCCCAAACAGUCCAUGACUUUUAGAGAGACACACAAAAAGAGAUCUCCUCAUAAGAUCUGUUAAUAAAAUAUUCUUGGGGUCCUUAAAACACAUAAGCCACAGCUUUGACCCUAUUCCCAUUUAUGUUGUAGGGAAUGUUUCCCAUCUCAUUGUAGGGACCCAGAUCAGCAUAAAUGGAAGGGCUUGUGGUGUUGACGUUUACAAGAGAGGUCGUCAGAACUUCGGGGCCUGCUUCAUCAGACUCAUGCACCAGCUAGGCAGCUUGCCUUCUCGGGACCGGAAGCAGAGAGGUGGGGGAAAAAGCUGCACCCCAAGUCCUGUCCUGCAAGGGUCUCAGUGAGGAUGCGGGAGGAGAAGGCGGGCAGCACAGGCAAGUUCUCAAGCAGGCCUCAGGGCCACCAGUGGACCCCCUCUGGAUGGCACCAGCACAUCCCACCAGCGGACCCCCUCUGGAUGGCACCAGCGGUCCCAACAAAAACACAGAAGGGAUGUGCUCUGACCUUGGCAACGGCCCAAGGACUUGUGCCACUUGGCAGAGGUUCUCACCUUUAGAGAGUUGGGAGCAAGGGGGUCUUCUAAGGAAAAAAAAAGAACAAGAAGAAAGUGAAGAAAUGAUUGCUCUCUCAUUCAAUAUUAGAGGCUCUUAACUGGAGUCCUGGAUGACCCCCUCCCACCUGGAAGUUAUAGCCAAGAUUUGGUGUGCCUGUUUGUUCUUUAGGAGAGGAUCCACAGUUUAUAUCAGAGUCUCAGAGGGGUCCAAGGGCCCCCAAAAUGGUUGGAACCAGGCAAUGCAUCACAAUUAGCCUCAGUAGGUACGUGCGGUUGGGGUUGCGGGGGGAGAUGGAAGGGGAAUCUCUGAGUGUUGGGGGCUCAGGAAUUCGUACCUAACCACCUCCUCAGAUUAGUUAAUUUUAUAAAUAACAGUAUUCUGCCCAGAGAUGAUCACUUUUAAUAUUUUGGAAUAUACCUUCUUUUCUAACUUAUUUCAUAUUGUUUACUUAACACCUCCAAGUGAAUAAAUACACGCCUUUGUCAACA